CGCCUGCUUGCUGGUACGGGGCCGCGGUGGGCAGCAGCCCAAUCCGCACUGCCAGACUCCCACUCCCCCAGACGGCCAGACUGAGAUGAGAGAGCUCCUCAUGCUUUGGUUGGCUCAACGAAAAAGGGUUGCUCUGCGUCGGCCCCAGUUUGCCCAUGCACGCGUUCCUGCUGUUGCCCCUGUUCCUUGCACCUGCUCGUCUUUUCCAUGCAGAUUGUCUGCUUUGUACAGGUAGUAGCUUUCUCGGUGCUGGGGGGAAGGGGGGGUCUCUCCUCUCUCUCUCUCUCUCGGUUUCUGGCUCCUCCAUCUCUCAGGGCCCUUGGCUCCUGGCUCCUGGCUCCUGGCUUCUUUUCCUCCCCUUGCCGACUUCCUUCCACCUCCUUCUGUGCAACACGAUACGACACGACACAACAGGACACUGUGAAGACAUCCUCGUCCCGUCUUCUUCCUUGUGGUACUCCCUUCCCUUCAUCACCGCCUCUUUUGUCUUUUGUCCUUCUCUCUCUUUCCCCCCCUCUCUCUACCUUGUCGUUUUCUUGUGUCUUUCUCCGGUCCAACCUCCACCCGGCCCAAUAUUGUUUUUGGGGACCCGAGUCGUCGUCCAGAGCUCUCGCUCCUGCCUCCUCACCACCACCCCUUGCUCGGUUCCUCCUGGCAACACCACCACGGCAGCACCAUCGCGAGAAUCCAACAGCCCCCAUCAAUAAACAACAACCCCACCAGCCCGCCGACCCUUCCCAACUCAUCUUCCAUCUCCGCCAGCCGGCAUCUCCCAGCUCCAGUCCUGUACGAUCUGCUCGGGAGGCAACUUCUUUUUUGUCGUCUGUGCCGUCUUUGUGCGUGUUUAUUACAGAACAUUUCUUGCAUUGGCUUUGCUUCGCCCGUUGCGAGCCCGUCACGUCCGUCUGCUUGGCCUGUUUGUGUCCCGCUUCGCAUUUUCUCCAGCCACAGCGUGCAUCCUGUGCCAAUCUGCCCCCCUCCGAGCGCCCGAGCGAACCUACCACUGUUACCAAUUCCACCUCCAUCGACCGUCUCCCUCGUGCUCGGACCCAAUCAAGCCCAUCGACGCUUCUGAUUCAACAGAGGCUCCUCAUGUCCUCGUCCUAGCCAGACAUCACCGGGUACACGCCUGGGACUCUUGAUUCGACAUUCAAUUGUCUGGCAUUGCCUGAGUAGAGAGGUCCUCCGAUCUCACAACCUUCUCACGGACCUCACGGUGACAGUGAUCUCCCCUCGAAGAAGGCCACCUACCUCCUCGUACCCAAUUCGCUACAGCCUCCCAUCAGCCCAGCUUCCCCCGACUGUCGUUUGCAGUAUCCCAUCUCCACGCCAGUCAUCACCAACCUUGCCAUAUCGGGGACAUCCACUUUCCUUGGCGUCAACAAACUGGUCGCCUGUGCUUGCAAGCCUUGGACUGAAGGGCCCUACGCCGUUAGGCCUUCUGUCUUGCUCGACAGCUUUCGAUAGGCAUUCAGGGUCGAUAUCGUGACAAGACAAUGGCCGCGUUGGUCCAGGCAUACCCUCAGCAAACCAGUACCGUUCCCAUGCUUCAGACCAGGUCCGGGUCCAACUCGAGCAUGAUGCCUCCCCAAUCUCAGACGAACCAGCAGUACGCUACUGCUCAACAACAAAGGAACAACUACCACGGAGGGGCUGGAGGUGUCUCUGGCCCAGUGGCUUACAGGGGAGCAUCUGCUCCAAUCCAACCGUACUCUUUCACAACCACUCCGAGUCUCAACCAGAACGGACAGUGGCAGCACUAUUCUGCUUAUCGGGCCUCCUCUUCCCCGUCCGUUCCGACGAUGCAGAACCUCGAUCCGAACACCUCUGCGGGACGUUCACGGCACGCCGCGAACGCUUCCAUGCCCAACCUGCCCAACACGGCCUUGAAUGUGGCCUCGAUCGGGUCUCGCGAUGACUCUAUGAUACCUGUCUCGGGUACAAGAAGGGUCAGUCCUAGCCCUCGGCCACAGUCCGCAUUUCUCUCCAACCCUUCAAACCAGGUGUCCUUGGCAUCGUCGACAGCCACCAAAACCCAACCCGACCGAUAUCGACGAACCGCGGCUCAACGGUCGCCGGAAUCAGGUGCAACACAGGGCUCAGCGACUCCCUCAGGCUCGGGUAUGGCAUCUGUUAACCACCUGUACACUCAGCCAACUUCCAGCAAGGAAAGGCGGCCCAGCCCGUCAAACUUGACCCGGCCCAACAGCUUUUAUGCCAAGGUACCGGGGUCUGUGGACGACAUGCAACUGUACAGACAUCAGGAGGAUUCCAGAAGAAUUCGCCGGCGCAGCAUGCCCGCUUUGGAUACUGCCGACCUGCCAAAGUCCCCGCAACCCGCGGAUCUCAAGCGAUCGGAAGACCCAUCAGCAGCCAGAGGCGGCAACGACAAAGAUCAGAUCAAAACGGCCAGGCUGGUGACGAUCAGCAGCCCCGUUGUUGGUGCAAAGAACGGCAGUUCUGAUAGUCUCGUAUCGAGCCGGAGCAGUAACUCCAGGCCGUCUUCGUCUGCCCACCGUAACAACGUUCCGACCCCGACCGGCAACCCCGCCCAGCUCUCUGAGACCUCAGACCAGAACUCCACGAACCCAGACUCACCAAAGCUCGUCAACAUCCCACCCAGGAGCUCCUCGUCCGAUGCUGCCAAGCGGAUUGCCAAUCCGUCGCCGCUAUCCAAGCCGGUGACGAUGGAAGCCGAGAAGGGCACCAAGGGGUCCAAGGACUCGGCAGUUACCGCUGCCAAACCAUCUACCCCAAAUGGUGCCGCCGAAUCUUCGAGCGCUGGUUUCGACAGCCCUGCCGUCAAGCAGCUGGCUGCCAUCAACCAGAAAGGGGGCAAGUUGAAGAGCAAGACCUCGAGACUCCGCCGAGCCUUGUCCUUUGGAAGUGCUGCUGAGCUGAGGCGAGCAGGUGCAGGGGAUGGGGCCAAGGACAACGGCGGGUCUGCAGAGGCGUCGACCUCGCAGCAGAACCCACCUGCUGAUGGGCUCGAUGCGGAGCAGGCCCGUAUCGCUGAGCUACAGGAGGCUGCGGGCAUCGGCAGUAACAUUUAUGCUGGCUCGCGUCUGUUCUCAGGCUCCACUGAUAACCUGUCAAUUUCUUCCACGGCCUCGUCGGCAUCGAUUAUGAUCCGGAAGAUGGGUCGCGGGAUGAAGAAGGGCGGACGCUCCCUGGCUGGCUUGUUUCGGCCAAAGUCCACCAUCGGUGUGCCCACUGCAGAAAUGCCAGAAGCGAGCCAGGCCGCCGUGUCAAUGGUGACGGUCGAGGCGGAGAGGGAACGAGUAAAUGUCAACCCAGAGCCGAACCCCAACAACGGCGGCGGCACGGGCUUCCCACGCCUGGAGCGAAACUCUAUGGAUGCCACCAAUGUCGCCGACGGAUCGUCGCCGGAGAGAGCUGGCAGCUCGGGAACGGACAAUUCCAACUCGCGGAAGAGCAUCGUUGGUGGGGACAGGGAGCGAGCUGAGGUGCUGGCCGCCGUGCGGAAAGGCAUUUUGAAACACAACGGCACUUCCACCCCUUCGCCACGGGUCGAGAGGGGACCCCUCUUCGAUUUGCCUGCGGUCCCACACGUCGCGGACUCCCCGAACUCGAGUGCUCCUAGCACCCCCAACGACGAAGCCAACCACAACCGGAGUGGGUCUGUUACGAUUGGCAGUGAGGACUAUUUUAUGACAGCCUUACGCCUCCGCCAAGAGACGAGAAGCGCUCCAGGCACACCUCAGGGCGGGCAGAGUAAGCGCAACGCGACGUUCAGCCCCCGCAUUGUCUUCCACGAUACGUGGCCGAGCCAGGAGUACGACCGUCGCUCUGAGAUUGCAACGUGCAACCGCCUCACCCCAAUGCUAGCGCAGCAGAUCAAGGAGGAGCUCAACAACUUCAAGAUGGAGAUGGAAGUGCAUGAGAGCUCCAAGAUCUACACGCAUUUCUUCUGACAAUGAUAGUUUCCGAUGGAAUGUUUACCUGCUGGUCACCCGUUGCGAGCAGGCACCCAAACCCCAUCGUGUAUUGGCAAUUUUUCGUUUCUUUUCUUCAACGGCGUUCCGGGACAAGCAUCCAAGUAAGGUGUCAGGGCGUUUAUGAUGGAACCAGAACCUGCGGCAAUCUACUGGUGAUUCUCGACAAAAGGCGACUGGAUUAAUCUCGAAAGGGCUGUCUGCAGCUUGACACCGCCGCGACUCUCCAACGGGGUGGGUGCACGAGGGAGCCAAAGCGAGAGCGACCCAAGGGCGACACUCGGUCGACCCCAUGAAUACAGACAGGGCUGAUGGUCCAAGGGUGGAGGGAUUUGGCCCCAGCAAGAGUCGGGCAGGGAACCAAACAUAUUUAAUUACUGGAAGGCCUCUGUGAGGCGAUCAAAGUGGUUCUUGAUACGGGUCAUAUUGCAUCAUCUGUUUUGUUUUGUUUUUUCCUCGUGUCUACUAUCUUUUGCGUGCACAUGGACCGAAUAUGUGGAGAAGAGCGAUUCGUGCCAAAAGUCAUCAGCAUUAAAGGGAAAGGGUGGUGUCUUAGCAAGAAGAGGCAAGCGGGGAUUUCGGGUUGACGUCUCAUUACAUUUCCUACCCAUCACUCAGUGUGGAGCCUUAGAUAGACCGAAAGCAAUCCAGGAAGCACCUGCUCAAGCCCCGAAAACUGGUUCUGAACCGAGACUGCCACUGGUUGGACUCUUGAUUGAUAUCGACCGGCAGAGUACAUGGUGCUGACGGCAGGAAGAGGGCAGGUCUGGCCCAGCUCGGCGCAACAAGUUGAAUGCAACGGACAGAUUUCACAUGCAAGCAUGCGACAUGGUGUGUGUGCGCGUGUGUGUGUGCAAGUCAGUUUGAGA